AUGGGUUUAAGCGAAACUGAUGUUGCCAAACAGAUUCAACAUAUGAUUGCAUUUAUUCAACAAGAAGCAGCUGAAAAAGUUGAAGAAAUCGAAGCAAAAGCUGAAGAAGAAUUUAAUAUUGAGAAAAGUCGUUUAGUUUCUCAACAACGUGUUAAAAUAAUUGAAUAUUAUGAUAAAAAAGAAAAACAAAUUGAAUUACAACGAAAAAUUCAACAUUCCAAUUUAGCUAAUGCAAGUCGUCUUUCUAUUCUUAAAGCUCGUGAUGAUUAUGUUCAAGCUUUAAAAGAAGAAGCGAGAAAACAAUUAUUUAUUUUAACACAAGAUCGAUCAAAAUAUACAACUAUUCUUGCAAAUCUUAUUACACAAGGUCUUUUUCUACUUAUGGAAAAUGAUGUUACUAUUAGAUGUCGUCGAAACGAUCAUCAUCUUGUUCAACAACUUAUUCCUGAUGCAUCUCAUAGAUAUAAACAAGAAUUAAAACAAAAAGAUAUUAAAAUUACUAUUGAUGAUAAAAAUUUCAUAGCUGAUGAUUCAGCUGGUGGUGUUGAAAUUUAUGCAAUGGGUGGAAAAAUCAAAGUUUCAAAUACAAUUGAAGCUCGACUUUCAAUGAUAUUUAAUCAAAUUCUUCCCGAAAUUCGAGAAAAAUUAUUUGGUGUUAAUCAAAAUAGAAAAUAUCAUGACUAA